AUGAUGCUAUCGAAGAUAUUCGCAGGCUUGACAGCCCUGGCUACUGUCGUCGGCGCUCAGAGUACGGAGGACUCCGAUUCGGCUUCGUCCAGCGCAGGGUCAAGCAGGACCGCUUCGGCUACGUCCGCAUCGGCCUCCGCAGUAAACACGAUUUCGGAAGGCCAUAAGUUCACGCCACAAACAGUAAACGCAUCGGUGGGAGAUAUCAUCCAGUUCAGAUUCUAUCCAACUGGGCACUCCGUGGUUCGAGCGGAAUACAAGUAUCCAUGUAUACCGUAUGAAUAUACCGGCCCGAACAAGGUCGGCUUCUUUUCUGGCUUUGAGGAUGUUGCCACGAUCACCAAUGAUGGCCCUACAUUCUCAGUCAGGGUGAAUGACACUGCUCCCAUUUGGUUUUAUUGUGCAGCGCCGGGAUCGUGCAUCGACAAUUGGAUGAUUGGCGUCAUCAACCCCAACGCCACGCAGACUCUGGACGUACAGCUUGCGUACACGAAGAACACAACCAUGCAAGUCACACCGGGUGAUCCAUUGCCUUCUGAAACCGCGGCCGGCACGGCGGGUGCAACAGCAACUUCAGGCUCAUCUUCGGGAUCCGACAGCCAUUCUCAUUCCAGUUCGCCACUCAGCGCUGGAGCUAUCGCCGGUAUUUCCAUCGGUGGGGCAGUAGUGCUCCUCAUCGCAGCAACACUCCUCUACUUGUGUGGUCGGAGAGGAGGGCUGGACAAGGCAUACAACCGACAAAGUAGGCACGCGAUGGCGCCGCCGCCCAUGGCCGAAGUGAAGUACAAUGGCAGCGCGAAGAGCCCGGGCCAGGAGACAUUCGCGACGACGGCCUACUCGGUCACUCCUUCGAACGACCCAUACCAGCAACAGCAAGGACACGGCGUGUCGCAAGGCGUACCCAGCUACUCGGUCCACAGUGGAAGCCCACCGCCGAUGAGUGUCCACUCACAGAACUCAUAUCAACACUUCGGGAGCGCGCCAGGGAUGGGGACUCCGUUCAUGCAAGGGUCAGAAAACGGAGGCUUAUUCAACGUUCCACAGCGAACUAGCACCCCAGGGGCUCAGCAGCAGCAACAACAACACCCACAAGCUCCACCAGUAGAGCUGCCUACGUCGAUGUCACCAAUGCAGGCCUACGCAGCAAGACGGACGUUCAGUUGGUCCACGGGUGGCGAUGGUGCAAACCGGUCGAGCAAACCUUAA